AUAAAAGAAAGAAAUAGAGAGAAAAGAAAAUGUCAAAAAGAAUGAACAAAGAAAAAAAUAUACACAACACAUUUUAAAAACAUAUUCCGAUUUCACGGUUCCGUUGACUUUGACAUCGACAACUACAAACUGCGAUGGAGGUAGCGGACAUGACAUUAUCUCUCAAUCAUUAUAUUGGAACGCCGCCCUCAGCACCAAACGAGGAGGGGUCGGACAGGUAGGAGAAUCAGCUUCAUCCACCUGGACAUCUGUUCUAUCAAAGGCAGCCGCUCAUAGCCGACCCUAACAAAGCGAUCGAGGACUAUAUAGCGUGAGGCCCACGCCAACAAGUGGAUUUGUACACCGCACUGCUUCAGCAUCUUGCCUCGGGGGGGGGUCUGGGACAGCACGGUCCUGAAAGGGAUGCGACAACUGUCAUUUCUCUUCCUUUCAGGUUCCAGAGCCUUAAACUGACUUUGAUGGGACUAUAACUUGUCACUGAUGUAGAGACAUUACGAGUCGUUGAGAAUCUGGAAGCAGUUUUGUCCAAGUUCUGGAUUGUGUCAUAAACCAGCAGGAGAAACGCCCGUCUUCCAAGGACUUCACAUUUGCAGAAACUUGUUUGUACCCGAAUAACACCCAGCAGCGAGAGAAACUCCGGAUAAGCUCUGGCAUUCACAGGAUCUGGGGAAUAUGUGCAGAUGUCGAGGUGAAGUGACCUGGAUGUCCCUUCCGGGAUGUGUCUGCUCACAGUGACAUGGUCUGCGGUCAGUGAUGCAGUUUGUGCAGCAGGUCUCGUAAGCAGAAAUUGACUCUCAAGCUGAAGUGACCAACGAUCUCCUCUAGCAGUGCCGCCAUGAGGCCUACCACAAACAACGACCAUCACAACGACAGCGACAAUACGACUCCUCCGCAGCAGCCGAUGGUGGAGAAGCGGCCCGAAGACGAGGGCAAACCCAGGGACGCGGCGAUGCUGACGGAGCUUGUUCCUCCCUCACGGUUCCUAGCAGGAACGGGCGCGUCCUCCAUAGAACCAAAGAGCUUGACGGACUUGUCGGAUGUGACGUCACUCGCUGGACGGCGUCACGUGUAUGGUGACGUCAACGGCUGCUACCCGCGCGAGGUUUCGUACCCUGGAGAGGAUAGUUCCUAUUAUCAUUACGAAGCCGUGGCCGGCGACGGCUGCCCCCAGUCUGUCACAGACAGCGACGGCGGCUACCACAGCCCGGGGAGCUCGCCCUACUCCUUCCCCCACGAGCAGCGCCCUUCCGUCGCAGUUCCUGCCGCCAUCGUGAACUCUCCCCACUCCACGGACUGGGUUCCACACUCCUGGGACAACUCCAAGGUCCAGGAGCGAGGGGCUGGUUCCUACGCGACCAGUCCGCUGCUUCGCGGCGACGCGUUCGGUCAAUCGCCGUCCAGCGGCCACAACUACGAGGACAGUUCGCCUGCCUCCCACCAGAGGGCGCACUUGGCACUGCACGACAAUCGCGUCGGCUUCCAGGGUUUUCAAGAAGCGGCGAAAGCACUGGACCUGGAACACAGACAACAGAUCCUGGACCAUCUUCGAACGAACCAAGAAAGCAUUCAGGACCAAGAAAAUGUGGACUCGUCGGACUAUCACCAGGCGGCCAGCGGCUCCAAGAAGCGACGGAGGCGUGUUCAGACCGUCACGCAGAGGAAGGCGGCCAAUUUGAGAGAGAGGAAGCGCAUGUGCCAUCUGAACGUGGCUUUUGACAGUCUCAAGGAACACUUGCCCAACAUCCGAAACAGAAAGAAGCUUUCGCGGAUCCAGACACUGAGGGCGGCGAUAUACUACAUUCACUUGCUGUCAGAAUGCUUACACUCGGCAUGACGUAGAAAAGACUGAUGUAACAAAAACAAUUCCUCGGGGGUAGAGUGCUUGUGGGGUGGUGGCAGUAGCCGUUGGAAGAGCGUUCCAUCAAUAAAGAAAAAAAAAAAAAGACUGCUCUGAAGAUUCUCUUUUCUCUCACCACAAAUAAGAAAACUGGUCAUUCUGAUAUCAUGGUUGUGUUUGUCCUUUGUUUUGUCUUUUUAUGUCUUUCGUUGUUGUAUUCGCAAGAUUUGCUGAAAUAAAAUGUGCUGAAGGAUG